GAGAUUCCUUGGGCUUGUUUGUGCUUGGUUUCCCCCACUCAGAAUGAGCGGGGAGGGAGAGGACUAUGUGAUACUUUUUUUCAGAGGAGGAGAUCAUAGCUUCCUCAAAAGCAGGAACAAGAGGGAUGGACCUCUGCGGCAUCCCUGCAGCCUCCUCAGCCAUCCAGUGCUCAAUUCCCAGUCUUGAGUGAGAUUUUGGGUUCCAGCCCCUUUUGGUAUCUUCUCUGUCCCCUGAGCAUUCUGAUACCAUCAUCCUGACCCACCUCAUGCCCAGUCAAGGUACUCAGACACGAGACACUGACAGGGCGUCCGGUUUCACGAUAGGGACCCAGUGUGGACUUAACUCAAGUUUCCUGACUCCCCACCCCCAGGUUUAGAUCCUUUCCUUGGGGAGUUAAAAUUGAGCAGAAUAACUAAACACAUUUUUGUGGGGGGAGCAAAGAAGAACCGCGAAGGAACCCCAUUCACCGCUUUCGGUCUCUUUCCCCGCCUCUUUUUCUCGCUCCGUUCUGGUGGAUACCCCAUUCCCUUUCUCAGCUUUUCGCGAUGUGGUCCCACCACCGUAGCCCUUUUAAGAGAGGCCCUGCCCAUACGAAGGGGGUGGGGCAGGGGCGGAGUCGGAGGAGUCGGGGAAGGAACAAAGCGCGGCCUGCGGGCGGCGGCUGGGCUCGGCCGGCGGGGCCGCGCGGUGCGGGGCCUGCGGGCUGCGGCCCGGGCGGAGGGUUGAAGGGAAGGAGGCAGCAUCGCCGUCCGCGCCGGCCGGGCCAUGAAUGGGCUGCCCUCGGCCGAGGCGCCGGGCGGUGCUGGCUGCGCCCUAGCCGGGCUCCCUCCGCUACCGCGCGGCCUCAGCGGUCUUCUCAACGCAAGCGGGGGUUCGUGGCGGGAGCUGGAGCGCGUCUACAGCCAGCGCAGCCGCAUCCACGACGAGCUGAGCCGCGCGGCCCGUAUCCCAGAUGGGCCCCGCUACGCUGCGGGCGCCACCAACGCGGGACCCGCCGCCGGUCCCCCCGGCCCGCGUCGCCCUGUCAAUCUCGACUCAGCACUAGCAGCGCUGCGCAAGGAGAUGGUGGGGCUGCGGCAGCUGGACAUGUCCCUGCUGUGCCAGCUGUGGGGCCUGUACGAGUCAAUCCAAGACUAUAAGCACCUGUGCCAAGACUUGAGCCUGUGCCAGGACCUGUCAUCCUCCCUGCACUCAGACAGCUCUUACCCACCUGAUGCUGGCCUGUCUGAUGACGAUGAGCCUCCCGAUGCCAGCCUGCCCCCGGACCCGCCACCCCUCACUGUGCCCCAGACACACAAUGCCCGGGACCAGUGGCUGCAGGAUGCCUUUCACAUCAGCCUCUGAAGAGCUGGGGGUGGGGGGAACACGCACCCAUGCAAAAGGCUCAAAAACUCAGCCCUUAGUCAGUACUCAGACUUCUAGUGCCUGCUUUCCCUGUAUCACCUCACUUCACGAGAAGGCAAGUCUUUGGGCCCCUCAGACGUAAAAUUGCCGACACCCUCUCUCUUGACUCUGGUUAGCUAGCACUGGGGUAGGCACCUGGGCUACAGCCUUGGCCCAUGGCACUGAACCUCCACUCCUCCCACAUGUGUGCACCCCAGCUUAGCCAACCUGCUGUCUGGUGGUGGGGCCCAAAGCAUCUGGCACUCCGCUUGACGUCUCUGGGAUGGGAUGAGUGCCUGGUUCCCAUCUCCUUUUCACCUUUUGCUGCUGUUGGCAGCUGCUGGCUCAGGGGCAUCCCACCUCUGGUCCCUGCGUUCCACUGCUCUAGACCAGGGCAUCCCCAUUCUUGCACCCACCCACGGCCGGGAGGGCCAAGGCUCCGUGCUGGAUGUUUAAGUUUAGGGGCCAGACUCUUGGGCACGUAGGUAAAUAAAUACUCUCUCAGCGUU